AUGGUCGAAGGGAAGCAAUGUGUGUGCCACGCUCGCGUCAAUAAGCAUGUUCAGGCCGGAGAGUUCGCCCCUGGGGAUUUCGCUAACGUCUGCGUGGCCAUGACGCGGAAGUCAUCACAUAAACCCGUGCACUUUCUAAAGGGGGCGUACCCUUUUCUACUACACCAGAUGCAGCGCAGGGCUCACAAAAUCGCGGAUGUAGUGAGAAUCCUCAGGGUGUAUGCCCGAUGGCCGAGCGGCCUGAUGAAGCAGACCACCAUGAUAGUGGCCAUCACAGCACAGCUCUCCGUCGAAGCUCUCACGGGACUAGCCGAUCAGGAAUUGGCGCAAGUGUUGGCCUCCUUGGCUUCGUUGUGUGGCUCUCGUGAGUAUCCCUAUAGGGAAGGAAUUGCUGUGUUCCAUCGAGCCGAGCCGGUCAUAAUCUCCAGGAUACCCGCGAUGGAUCAUGGGAGUCUCUCGAGGAUAGUAUUUGCGUACAACGUACAUGGCCUCGGCGAUGGACGUCUCUAUCGCUUAUUGCUGGACCGAGGUCUGGAGGUCGUAUCUGCGAUGUCGCCACGGCAGUUAUCGAAUUGCCUGAAGGUUUUCGGUGAGCAACUCUGCAGUCGCAAAGUUCAGAGGACAGAAGGCUGGAGCAGUGAACACCACGAUGGCAAGAUGGGUCCAUCGACCUCGACUACUGAGCCGACCUGGUUCUAUGACGCUGCAGAAGUUACUGUCGUCCGCAAAAUUAGAGAAUUUAAGAGUCUCGAUGUUGUGGAAACCAUCGUUGGAUACGCUCAUGCACGGACGGGAUCAACGCAGCUGUGGGCCGUCCUAGUGGAGGCGACCAACCAUCGUAUAACCAUCUUCAAUGCGGAGCAAGCCUCUAUGUUAUGUUGGGCCUUUGCGGUGGUUCGGACUGGGGCUAAGCUGUUCCCCCAACUCCAAGUUACUGCACUGGAGCGUCUCAACCAGUUCUCCGCUUUCGGCCUGACUAAUAUGCUUUGGGCGUUCGCGGUGAUGAAGAAGUUAGAUCCCGAUUUCUGUGAACCCAUCCUUGCCGUGCUGACUCCUGAAGUCGUCUCCUCCGACAGUCGCUGUGCUCUCCUGUUUCCCACUCUACGCGAGCUGCAGGCUGUACAUCCCGACUUCGAUCCGGCUGGAACGGAGAGGUAUCUUGGGUAUUGCCGCUCACAUUUCUGGGACUUGCAGCUCUCUACUGCUCCUAGUGACGAACUCAUGACCUCGAUAAGCGACACUCUUGUCCAGAUCGAACGUCCUGGUGUAGGAAUGUACGACUUUGACGGAUUCCUGGUUGAUGUGUGGGUGCCCGGAAUCAAGGCAGCCAUCUUAGUGAGCACCCGAGCCAACAUGCAGGCCCGAAGUCAAACUCCAACGGGUGAAGCCAUCCUGAGGCAUCGGCACGUUAUGCGAGGAACAAGAGGACGUGUCAUUCACGUCUGGGACCAGGAAUGGUACGAAAUGGACAGCCAAGAGCGGGCUACCUUCCUCCGAGAGCGACUCGAUCGAUGGUAUGAAGAGGACCAAAACGUCGAAAAGGGACAAGGGGCUCCAGAGGGGUCAACUGAAAGCGUGCCGACCCCGAAACGGAUCCCUGUCGAGCCGAUUCCGGGAGAAGUGGAGCUUUUGAAGAAGCUCCAAGAGCGUAUGAAGGAGGAGGUCGAGAUCGGGAGUGCGCUGACGCCUGGUUUAUGUGCUGGUAGUCCACAAGAGAUGGCAAGAAAUAUUCGGCGUCAAAGGCGAGCAGCGAAGAGGUGGAAAGAAAUCGACACCCCAGAAGACGAGCCAGCGAGACUCCCGUGGGAAGCCAAGAUGUGGGUGAAAGAGCGCAAGACAAGGCAUGGCGGGGCGAGAGGGAGCAAAUAG